CAAAAUCGUUCGUUUUUAGCGACUCGCCUGGUUUCGUCGAACCCGGGCACGAAGCGACAAGAAUUUGUGCCGGGCCUUACAUGGACCACACGGUGAUUGCACAGUGAUUUGGCAGCUUUUUUUUAAAAAAGGAGAAGAAAAAAAUACCAAUCCGUAUCAUAUUCGGGCAAAGAACAAAGCAAGUGCAAAAAAGCGAAGAGGUUCGGUUUUACGCGCAUAAACCGUUAUCCGUGCCCCGAACGCGGAAAGUGAAACGAAAGCGAAAGUCUACCAAAGUUGUGUGUUGUGUUCUGUUCGUUGCAUCUGAAUAGUGCAGCACAGCAGUGCAGUUGGAAGUUUCGUGACAAGUUUCUUGGUCUAGGUGGAGCGUUGUGCGAAUAUAUCAAAAUGAACCAUCGAACGAGGGCCCUGGUGGGGCUGCUGUGCAUAGCGGGCCUGGCGACGGGUCAACUCAACCAAAGCUACCGUCCGGAGUUUUUCUCGCCCGGUCAAGGCUUCCAGUCGGCGUCGGCGCAGAUCUCGAGCAGUAAUGUCCAGCAGUUUAAGCGACAGGCUCCCGGUGGUGGCGGUGCGGGUGGUGCCGAUGUCAUACCGCAUGACCAGAAGAAGCAAACCACCUUCUGGUGGGUGGCACCGGACACCCCGUUCAAGGCUACUAAAAUCGGUGGUGGUGUCCAGCAUCCGCCCGGUACGGACGGUGAGGAUGGUGCGGCCGGUGGUGCGGGUGCCGUAGCGGGUGCAGCGGUCGGUGCUGGUGGCGUGGCCGGCGGUACCGUGUCCCAGACGGCAUUCCAAGCGUCGGCCGCGCGCACUGCGACCGGUCAGGCGGGGCAAGCGUUUGGGGCCGGUGGUACCACCACGUCCAUCCAGUCGUCGACCGCUUCGCGUACGAUCGGCACGCAAACGCAAGGGUUCCAGGGGGCGGGUGUGGCAACGGGUGGGGUCGCCGGUACACUCGGUGGGACGCGAACGAGCAUCAGGAAGAGUUCAACCAGCACGUUCGGGACGCAGGCGGGUGUUGGCCAGCCCGGUGUCAUCGCAGGCAGCUCCCGAACCACUUCGUCCACCUCCAACACGCAGGUGAACACGGGCACGGUACAGCCCGGCGUUGGGGCCGGCGGCAUCCAGACGUCCACCAUCAUCCGAGAGUCGAAAACGCAAACGACGACCGGCGUCGCGCCCGUUCCGGUUCCCGCCCCACCACCGCAAACCAUCCAGAGCACGACUACCGGCGUGCGGACGGACACGAUCACGAACGUUAACAGCCCGGUGCCACGAACCACCGUCGACAUUACUAAACAGACUAACGUAGAUACGCAGCGUACCAAUACUAUCCAAACUAACCUCUAUCCGGGCCAGCCGGGCAGUACUUCCACCGCGUCGGUCGUGGGGACCUCUACCAGGACGACCGGAGUAACACCAAAUAACUAUGGCGGCACGACCGUUACGAAGACGCAGGAGCGUACCGACGGUGGCAUCACUAGCCAGGUCAUAACCACCGGCACGAUCGCGCGGCCAUACUUCAAGAAAACCACAUUGACAUCCGAGAGGGGGUAUGACUAUCCCAUCCCGGAAACGAUUCCCUGCUACGAACCCAACAAAAUCUGUGCCCCGCAUCAGUACUGUGUCAAUGGCGUCGUCGAUGAGUCUCAGCUGAACCUGUUCAACACGAACAACCAGAAUUGCAACUCCGGCACCGAGCAGUGCUGUAAGAUUCAGCAAACGCCAGCCACGCGCUGUCCCGACGAUAGCUACGUCUGCGUAUCGCCCGACUUAUGCAACAAUGGUCUGCUGAACUUCGAUGCACAGAAUGCCAUCUCCACGAGACAACCGACUGGCGAAUGUUACGCACCGGAAGUAUGCUGCAAACAGCAAUCCCUGCUGUCCCAAUCGACCGUCCUCACGAACGAAGGUUACGUCGUUAAGGUACCGGAAAAUCAGUACCUCCCACCGGAGGGUCAAAACACCGUCACAAACAUUCAAACCGCACCACCACCACCACCACCCACUACACCUCGCCCACCACCCACCACUACACGCUAUGUACCGCCACCAACGACCACACGCUAUGUUCCACCACCGACCACCACGCGGUACGUGCCACCACCGACCACCACCCGGUACGUGCCACCGCCCACGACGACGCGCUACUUCCCACCACCGACCACCACCCGUGCACCGUUCCGCGGCGACGAGUACAUCCCACCCAGGGAGGAGGUACCGGCCUCAUCCAAUGAUGACCCUAACAAGAUCAGACCUCCACAGGACGAGCUGCCGAACCCGGCCAACGAAACGCCGGUCGUGAUCCGGCCGACCACCCUGCGCCCAUUCCAACCGCCACGCCAGCCGGGUCCGGAAGCGCCACCGCCGCUGCCCCCGGUAGGAUGUUCGGCCGCGAUGAACUGUACCGAGGAGGAGUACUGUUCCUCGACCGGUGUCAUCUCGAAGACGCCCGUUGUGCUGACGGAAGAGCAGAAGCUGUUCCGCGUCCCGGUCACCGCUUGUCGCAACUUAGAGCGUGGCUUUACCGGUGUGUGCUGUCGCGAUCCGGACUACGUUGAUCCGUGGCCGGUCGGUCAGCUCGGACAGUACAAUCCGGAAAUUCUCGGCUUCGACGAUGGUUCGUACAAACCGACCGGUAAUGGAAAUGGUAACGGAAACGGUAACGAUAACGGCAAUGGACGCCGUCCGGGCGAACCAAUUCAGGCAUCGCCGUCACAGGUAACGUCCACACAAUCGUUUGCACCGAACCAGUUCGUCAGCCAGACGGCCUCAGUGACACAGUCGAAAACGCAGUACGAUCGGGGCGUAACAGCGUCCGCUUCCUUCCAGUCCACCGUCGGCCAGCGGGUCAAUGCCGUACCGUCAGGUUUGCAGUUUACCAACAGUGGCAACACACGGUUCCGCCCGUUCCAGAACCAACGUUCGGAGAGCACGUUCGCUAAGCCGCAACAGUGUGCCCCGAGAAACUAUAACACGCAGCCACGCGGUGCAGGACCUUUGGGAACUGGAUUCGGAGAGUUCCCUUGGCAGGCAAUGGUGCUGCUGGAGACGAACAAAACUCUGCUGUGCGGUGGAGCUAUCAUUUCCGAUAACACCGUCGUAACUGCUGCCAACUGUGUUUAUGGACUAAACCCACGAACGAUCCAAAUCAAGGGAGGCGAAUGGCGCCUUGGAGUUGACGCGGAACCAAAGACAUUCCAGAUCGUGCGCGUAAAGGACAUCGUGUACCAUCCGGCUUACAAUCCGACCACACUGAACUACGACGUAGCCAUGCUGGUGCUAGAGGAUCGUCUACGAUUUGACACGCACAUCGGUGCUAUCUGUCUGGACGAGAACGACGUGGUGCCGAGUGCUUCGUACGAGAACUGUGUAACCACCGGUUGGGGCAAGGAAGUGCUUAAGAUUCACAUCCAAAAUGCACUGAUGCAACAGAUGUCGAUCUCGUUGCUGUCGGAAGCGGAAAGCCAAAGCCAGCUGCAGCGGAACGGAUUCGCACCGGAAUCGCACAUCUGUGGCAAACCGUCGGGUGAUGCGUGUGAGGUCGAUGUAGGCAGUGCGCUGGCUUGUGCCGAUACGAGCGGUGCCUACUACCUGAAGGGUGUCUACUCAGCCGACAACGGUUGCAACCGUCCGGAUCAGAUCGUUUCGUUCUCGAACAUCGACGUGCAGUGGAUCAAGCAGGCACUGAAGAACCCGAACCAGUUUAUUACCCCGGUUCCAAACUAUCAGACCGCGGCCAACAGUCCACAGGUGACGCGAGUACAGCUCCAGUCCACUCAGGGCCCGGCGUACAACAACAAGUACCUGCCACCGUACUAGAGAAGGAGUCUAGUGGCACGGCAGAAGCAAAGCAUCAACACCAACUAAUUAACAUCCAGUGAUAGUACAUACGAAUACACUACUGCACGGAAGCAGAUCCCGUAUCAGGUCCUUGACGAUUUGGGCCAUGGUAGUGCAAUCCGUGCAACAACAAAGCAUUACAUACCAUUCCACACGUAACAACCACCAUCUGCAUCAUGAUUACACGCGCAUUACAUUGAUGAAAAAAAAAAACAUUUUACACUAGAGCAUUAAUGAAUGCAAACAAACAAACAAACACACACACACAAACACGAGUACACCAUUUCGGUGGUGCUUAUUUAGGUGUUAAGACAAUCUUUACUACCCUAUUUCACACCGUCAGGCGGUAAAACGAUCGGAUGCCCGAUCCGAUCGACUGUUCAAACACAGUUUCCAACAAAACACACGAUACACGUUACUCUCGACCAUUCUUCGUCUUUUUCACCCGACACAAGUCGUCCCCCAAACGUACCCCAAUGUGCAUCCGCUCCGCGUUCUACUAUGUGGGUCAGCCAGAUGUACCACCACUUCACCCCUUAGCCUUUAAGUGAUCCAGCAUACAUUUUUAUUUGUAAACAAAAUAGCGCUCGUAUCCAGAUCGAAUGGUAGUAAGUAGAUCGUAAUUACCAUCUUAGCAGCACAUGACAAUUUACAAAUGUGGUGUUGAAGCACAUAAUACAAUCUAUAGUAAGCGCACGAUCACCAGAAGAGAGCUAACCCAACUAGCAUCAAACAGAUCUGGUUGGGAAAUAGUGUUUUGAUCAUUGGAGAUGGCGAGAGUCUUAACGUUACCAGUUUAAAGAAAUUUAACCAUCGAAAAGCUCUACCAACGUCACACACCCACUCACUGGACUGCAGCAAAAGGCUCACAAGACACACUGACCAGGGCGAGAAGCGGAAGCACACAACGUGACGUUCUUUUUUACAUCUGUAAUAUUAUUUAAUUACCUGUACAUAAUAAAUAUUGUAAGCUUUCAUCGUUUUUAGG